AUCAAAGAGCUCAACUUGGACAACUCAAAGGCCACAGAAGUUGAGGGCUUGACUGAUAAGUAUGAAACACUGGAGCAGCUUAGCUUGAUUGACUUGGCUGAGAAUCGCCUCGUCGGGGGUCUCGAUUCCCUACUUAAUUGUCCAAAGCUUGAGCAGAUUAAUCUAUCAGGAAACAAGAUAAAAUCUAUUGAGGCUCUUACUCCACUUAGCAAACUCUUAAAUUUACGUACGCUUGAUCUUAGCAACUGCGAAAUCCCCGAGUCUGAAAUCUAUCGACAGGACGUAUUUGCUCUCAUACCGCAUCUUAAAUACCUGGAUGGCUUUGACGAGUGA